AUGGCCAACUGUAAAGGAGUUACGACACCCAUGUGCUCAAGUUUACCACCCAAAGCAGCCGAUGGUUCACCUCAUGCCGAUACAACCUUGUAUCAACGCACCAUUGGUAAAUUGCACUACUUAUCAUUCACGCGUCCUGAUAUUGCCUUUGCAGUUAACAAACUAUCACAGUUUAUGCAAUCCCCAAGUCUGGAGCAUUGGAAAGCAGUAAAAAAGGUGUUUCGAUACCUCAAGGCAUCAUCAACGUCGUGCCUACAAAUCUCUAGCCACUCUAAUAGUAAUAUGUAUAUGUACGCCGAUGCUGAUUGGGCAGGUGAUCCCUCUGACAGAAUAUCCACAUCUGGUUACAUACUCUUCUUGGGACCAAAUCUGAUCUGUUGGUCCUCUAAAAAGCAACAAUUAGUUGCUCGGUCCUCUAUUGAAGCAGAAUACAAAUCGGUAGCCAAUGCACUCUCUGAACUUACUUGGGUACACAAUCUAUUGACUGAAUUACGAUAUCAAGUCUCGCAAACGCCAAGAUUUUUUUGUGAUAAUAUUGGUGUUUCAUAA